AUAAAAUAAUUUCAAGGGCUUUUCUGUCAUUUAGGUGAAUUAUACAGACAGAAGUAUUGGCCACAGAAGACAAAGAGAGAAGAGAGAGAGACAAGAGAUCAGAGAGAAGGGAAGGAAGAGCUGUUCGGGGUCGUUACUUUCCGUUUACUAUACUGUAUAUGAAGCUAUAAGCCAUGGCGUCCGACCAGGAGAUAGCCGAAGGUGUUGAAGCAUUUCUCCGUCAGUUGGACCCUAACGCCGUCAUUUCUCUGAACGGCGUCGUUCAGCAGCUCGGAGCUAAGCUCGGCUUGGACCUCUCUCACAGAGCUGGCUUCAUCAACGACCAGAUCAACCUUCUCCGAUCAAAUCCGGCGCCGAAUCAACCGCAGCUGCAGACUCCGGUGCAGUCAAUGUACCCUUUUGCCCUCCGUGCCCAUCAACAAUUCCAAACCACCAAACCGGAGCAACACUUCUAUCCCCAUUUUGCGCUUCAGCAGCUGCACUACCAGCACAACACUCUACCGCAGAUUCCGCAGCAAAUGACGAUGCAGCAGCAAUUUUCGCCUGCUCCAUCACCUAACGUAGUUCGGGUUACAGCUGCUCAGAAUGCAGUACAAAACGCCUCUCCUGCUCUCAAGGAAAGUACUGCUACUACUGGUGGGACCAAAAGAAGAGGCGGAGCAGGUGGGUUGAACAAAGUCUGCAGUGUAACACCAGAACUUGAGGCUGUUGUUGGCCAUCCGGCACUCCCUAGAACUGAGAUUGUGAAGCAGCUGUGGGCAUACAUCAGGAAGCAUAACCUACAGGAUCCUGGGAAUAAGAGAAAGAUCAUCUGUAAUGACACCCUUCGUUUAGUCUUUGAAACAGACAGCACUGACAUGUUCAAGAUGAAUAAGCUUCUCUCAAAGCAUAUUCUCCCACAUGAUCCUACAAGACAACCUGAACAAGCUAAAAGAUUGAAGGUUGAAACAACUUCGAAACCAGACAAUGAAGACUCUAGCUCACAAUCUGUAAUGAUAUCAGACGCACUUGCCAAGUUUUUGGGAUCUUCAGAAAGAGAGAUGCUUCAAUCAGAAGCACUCCAACGUGUUUUGGACUAUGUAAAGGUUAACCGUCAGGAGAACUCUCCAGAUUCUGAAGUGAUUGAGUGUGAUGCUAAGCUUCAGGAGCUGUUUGGAUGCAAAAGCAUUACUACCAUGGAAAUACCUGAGAAGUUGGUGCGCUAUCAUCUGUUCCAGCAGCGGUGAUCUCUGUUGUAGACAAUAGUAAACAAAUCGCUCGAAAUUGGGGCUGUAGCUGUGUAGUUGAUAAGUAAGUAUAUGACUAAUGAUCUGAAGCUGUAUGGUAAUGUAUUUGCUUUUAGAUAUGUCUAGCGUAAUCAUGUUGCCAGUCUGUAGAUGUAAAAUGUGUAUCAUCUAUGUAGAAGGAUCUGCUAACAGAAUUUGUAGUUUCUCUGAAAACCUUUUCAAUUGACUUGUGUAAUGUCUUGUAAAAAAGUAGGUUCUUUCUUUCUUUCUUUCUUUCUUAUUGUUACUUUUUACUGACGUCUUUCUUUUUUGCUUUGAAAUGCUAUUUUUCUAUUCAAA